AUGGAUCCCAUCAGCGCACUCUCCAUCGCGACUUCUGUUGUCACAUUCAUUGACUUUACUGUCAAAGUCGUACUCCUUGGCCACGAAAUCUACCAGGAAGGUACCACUGUCGGCGUUUCAGAGAUCGAGAACCGAGCGCAGGAACUCAAAUCGUGGGUCAAUGGCUUGCGUGCACCAAUCAGCGGUCGUAAGGACUCACUCAAGGAUGAAUAUGAGGCGCUGGACCUCAUUAUCGAAGGCUGCUGUGAAGUUGGAACGGAAAUCAUCGAAUAUCUGGAGGACCUUAUCCCAAAAGUGAAUAAGCGAUCUGCAUGGAGAAGCUUUCACCUUGCGCUUCGGACUAUCUUGAAGAAAGAGCAAAUCGAAGGGCUUGUCAGCAGGCUUGAAGGCUAUCAACAGGACCUCUCGUUACGCCUCCUCGCCCUGCUCAACGCGAAGACGGAUCUACACUCUUCAGAAGUAACUCAGCGCCUUAACAAUCUGGAGACGGCAAGUAAUCGCAUUGUGCAGAUUUUGACGUUCACACAAAGUUCUUCCGAAUCAUCGGCGUCACCUCGCGAUCUUACGGGGGAUCCCGAAAACAAGAGCCAAAAUACUAGGAGAGAAAAAGUGCUCCGCGUCAUUCUGGGGCUUGAAGAUGGCACAACACUUUCAGUCGCCGACCAGAACUUCGCAAUUGCCGGCCAAGAAGAUUCGGUCCCUGGCAACUCAAUUGAGCGUGUAAUCACGUUCAGAGAUCAGUCCAACACAGGACCUGUGAAAACGGUCUCCAACGAUCGAUUCUCGCCGCUUUCGACCAAAGUUUUGGCCGCGCUACAUUAUCGUGGGCUACAAAGCAGAUUCAGCGAUACAGCGAUAGCUCAUCAUGACACAUACGAAUGGAUCUUUGAAGCACCCGAGGAAGCCCGUCGUUGGUCACAUUUUGCGGAAUGGCUCCGUAGUGGAAACAGUCUAUACUGGAUUUCAGGAAAGGCUGGAAGCGGCAAGUCUACGUUGAUGAAGUAUAUUUGCUCGAACCUGGAGACGACUCAGCUCCUUGAGUUUUGGAGAGAUGGCUCUACGUUGCUGCAGGCCAGGUUCUUCUUCUGGGCGGCUGGUCAUACCCUGCAAUCAUCUCACGAGGGUCUAUUACGAGGCCUCCUGUACACGCUACUUGCGCAAUGCCCACGGCUCAUACCUUCCGUCUUUCCCGAAAUUUGCACCGAGAUCGUUGCAGGACGCAAGUUGGAUCUCACUUGGACGCUUCCAGAGCUUGUUCAAGCUCUUAAUUUGCUUGUCGAAAACUCCAAAGGCCUCAAAAUUUGCCUUUUCAUCGAUGGACUGGACGAGUACGCUGGAGAUCACGGUGAACUUAUUAGCAUUCUCGAAACACUGUCUUCUUACGACAACUUGAAGCUGGUGCUGUCUAGCCGACCCUUGGUAGCGUUCAAUGACGCCUUCGAAAACAUGCCUCAGCUUCGGCUACAAGACCUGACGUAUCAAGACAUGAUAAAGUUUGUCUCUGAUAGGCUGAAUCAUUCUCGGGGUUUAAGGGAAAUGGAAGAGUUGGAUCCAGAGCUUCGCUCAACCUUGGUUCGCGGCCUGUGCGACAUGUCAGCCGGCGUUUUUCUCUGGGUAGUAUUAGCGCUUCGUUCGAUUCUAGGAGGGCUACAAAAUGGUGAGACGGCAUCUACGUUGCAACUCAAACUCGACGCGCUCCCGCCGGAUCUUCACGGAAUGUACAAGCACAUGUUCAGAUCGCUAGAUCCAGCAACUCAAACGGGUACGGCUCGAAUGAUCCUCCUAAUGCUGAGAAGCAAGGACGUGGCAAAUUCCGAGCCGAUAAGCCUUCUUCAACUGGCUCUGGCUGACAACGACGACGCGACAGUUGAAAAAGCUAUCACCGAUGAGGUGCGGACCAUGCCGUCAAACAAGCGACGAUCGCUAUGCAUAUGGAUGAAAAGAAGGAUUGAUGGGCAUACGAAGGGUCUACUUGAAGUCAGAGGCCAAGACAAUGUUGUUGAACGAGGCUCGUCUUCUAUUGAUGAAUGGGUCGAGUUCUACCACAAGACUGCGAUCGACUUCUUCCGCUCCGAUGAGACAUGGAACCUACUGAAGACACAAGCUGGCUCUCAUUUCAACAUCGACCAAACUCUACUCGUUUCGAGUCUUCUCGAGAUGAAAGUAUUGCCUUCGGAAAGUACACUUGUAGUAGAAACUAACCGUUCUUUUGCGAACAUGCGGCAAGGACUUAGGUUUGUCGGGUUCCUGGAAGGAUGUAACCUUCGUUCCCAUACGGAGUUAUUAGACGAAAUGGAGAAGACAAUGAGGGUACACUGGGCAAAGGCGGCGAUAUACAAGGAGCGCGCGAAAUCCCGUGAAAAUGUCACGGAGAACAUGACAUUCGAACAGUUCGUCGACAUGCAUAUUGGACGCCCAAUCAAUCCCUUCAAGGAGGAGCCUGCUUUCUUAAGCCUUGCUAUGGUAUAUGGAUGCUACCUUUAUGUUGCCGACAAAGUCUUAUGGAGAAAGUCCGUCACCACCGAACAACGAACUUCGCUGACCAUUUCACUUCUAUACCACUGCUUCGAAGAUCUGGAGAAAAAGGACGAAUCAGCCAGGAAUGCCGUCACCGCUAUUCUCCAGAUUCUUGAUAUGGCUGCCGAAGCGUUUACACACAUCGAUACAUGUACUUACUGGGAGGACUUCACCAUACAGCUGCGGGCAGCCAUGCGCAGCUCAGCAUUUCGAUCUGAUUUCGCCAACAAUAUCAUGGAUCUGUGUCUUGCCUUCCUCAAUGAUCGCGAGCUCCGCCUAGAUCCCGAAGUGACUGCUCCGGAGGUCCGAAGCUUGCUCCGAGAACUCCAAUCUGAAGUCAUAGCCGUGAAUUCAUCCGGCGCAAAGAGCGAUAGCACCCAGCAAGAUCUAGACGAGUUCAACACGAAGUAUGACAAGGCUCUAACUAUACUCGCAACGGAAUGGGAAGAGGAAAGCGACAAGCCUCAGAGGAAGCAGAACGGCGAAGGUCGGAAGUGGCCUGGGUUCGUGUUAAUCCUCACAAUACUCAUGUCGUUAUUUUUCCUAAGUUACAACCUAUCAUUCGGUUCGCCCGGUGGCCCAGGCACUAUACGAGAUCUCUAG